UCACCAAAGCCUCAUCCUCAUAUUUGCAUGCCUUUGCUGUCUUUGCUUCCUACACUCAACAUAUCAACAACAAUCAUUUCUGUUAUAAACCCAACUUAGUGAAAAAAAAAAAUGGCUUCUGGGAAGGAAUUAUGUGAGGGAGUGGAAUGGAGGAUAAGGGUGGUUGAUGGCUCAUCCGAGGUUUUGGUUCCACCUACAGGGCUUGCAAGAAAGGUGUGGCUAAGAACAAAAGGCUUAAUUUCAGGUUUGGGUAUGAAAGUGCGGAUGUUUCUGAAGCAAGCAUGGGACAUGGGAGCUAAUGAUCCUAGAAAAGUGAUCCACUGCAUUAAGGUAGGACUAGCACUCACAAUUGUAUCACUGGUCUACUUCAUGAGACCUUUGUAUGAUGGUGUUGGAGGCAAUGCUAUGUGGGCUAUUAUGACUGUCGUAGUAGUAUUCGAACCCACAGUUGGCGCCACCUUAUACAAAUGUUUGAACAGAGUUUGUGCAACUUGUCUGGCUGGUUUUCUUGCCGUCGGGGUACACUGGAUCGCUAGUCAAUCCGGAGACAGAUUUGAACCCUUUGUCGUAGGAGCAUCGAUUUUCAUAUUAGCUUCGAUAGCAACCUUCUCGAGAUUCAUUCCAUCAGUGAAAUCCAUGUUUGAUUAUGGUGCCAUGAUCUUCAUCCUCACCUUUAGCAUCGUUGCUAUAUCAGGCUAUAGGGUGGAUAAGUUAUUUGACCUGGCCCAUCAAAGAAUAUCCACCAUUAUCAUUGGAACUUCCUUAUGCAUUCUUGUAAUCAUGCUGGUCUGCCCCAUUUGGUCCGGUCAAGAGCUCCAUAGCCUCACUGUUCGUAACAUGGACAAACUCUCCGAUUCCCUCGAUGGUUGUGUAAGACAGUAUUUUACCAACAGCAAUGGAGAAGAUGAUCAAAAGUUGCAAGGUUACAAGUGCGUGCUGAGCUCGAAGGCAUCAGAAGAAUCAAUGGCAAAUUUUGCUAGGUGGGAGCCUUCCCAUGGACGGUUCAACUUCCGGCAUCCAUGGAAACAAUAUCUGAAAAUCGGGGCAUCGAUGCGCAGUUGUGCUUACUGUAUAGAGGCUCUCAACAGUUGCAUCAACUCAGAAAAUCAGGCAGCUGAAUCAAUAAAGAAACAUCUAAGCACUAGUUGCUUGAAAGUAAGCUCUAGCUCUUCAAGUGCCAUAAAAGAGUUAGCAGAAUCUGUGAAGAAAAUGAACAAGUCUCCCACCAUAGAUUUGUUGGUUGAAGAAAUGAACAGCGCACUGGAAGAACUUCACAAUGACUUAAAAUCUCUUUCUCAUUUGCUGAAUCCAUCAACAACUGCAGAAAACCAAAUAUCUGCAACUGGUUUAGUCCCUUUCAUGGAAAUCAUACCAGCGGUGACUUUGGCUUCUAUACUAAUUGAAAUCUCUGUGCGGAUUGAAGCUCUUGUGGGUUCUGUGGAAGAACUAGUCAAGGAAAGCGAAAUGAAAGAUAAGAUUGUAGCAAAAGAAGAGAAACCUGAAGGAACCAUGAAGGCUCUUCAAAGGGUCUGAGUUCCUAAAAAUGAUUUCAUAUAGUAAGAAAGAAGAACAAAAGUAAAGCAUCGGUGCAAAAAAUAUUACAUAAAACACACGAAUGUAGGAGUUAGUAGGAAGAUGGUAAGAAAAUUUGCUUCACUCCUAGUUGCUUUAAAUGACUCAUUGAUUGCUGGCUGUUGGCCUCGCCAUUGUUCCUUUCCGAUUACUAUCAAGUAUUGAAAAUAUUUAUUAUAUAUUUUUUUAAAGCAUUUGAUAAUCAAAUUAAAUUUUAUUA